AUGCAAGAUAUUGAGGUAGAGGGCGUCACUGUCUUCGCUCCACCGCCGACAACAUCAUAUCGCUAUGUCAUUGAGCUAAAGAGUUCCAAACUGAGCAUUCGAUUAGAAGAUCGAACAUCCAAAAAACAAUGGUUUAAAGGUGAGAUGAUCAUAACGGAUUUCGUGUCGACUACGAACGCAAUUCCAGAAGCGUGUGUGGCCGACUACGUCAUGUGUUUUCGUGACAUAUUAGACAGCAAAUUUGCUGAGAAUAGUGAUGUGAAUCGAUAUUUGGUUACUUUAGCGGAAGGAGCGCUUCGUCUAGAAUUGGUGGUUACGAUUCGUGUUCUUCGAUCGACGUGGAAGGCAAAAUACACGUUUGACCUUGAUCCUGUUGCAGUAAAGCAAAUUGACAUGUUGGAGUCCAAACUGCGAGAUCAGCAGGACGAGAUUGAAAAACUUAAAAAUCUGCUGAAAACUGGGAAUAAUUUAUCGUUUGUCAAAUUGACGACCUCAACUCAACAAAACAAUUCAUUGAUAAACUGGAACUCUGCACAAUCGAUUGACUUAAUUUCGAAUGGCUGUGAUGGUAAGAUCAAGAUCCUACGUAGUGGUGUUUACAUGAUCGGAGCCAUUAUCAAUGGGUCGUCGGAAACCGAAAUUCAGCUGAAAAGGAAUGAUGAAAUAAUUCAAGAGGCAAGUUCUUCAGGGUACGGAGGCUCAGUUGCUGUGAAUACUAUCGAGCAGCUAAAGACAAACGACAAGCUGUCAUUUUCUUGUGGCCUCAAUCACGUGGGCACCUCGUACUUAACAAUCGCACGACUAGGGAGCUGA